AAUAAUUAAUUAUAACAGAAUAAUUAGAUUAACAGUGGGAAUGUUUGAUUUGUUUUCCUUUUAUUUAUUUGUUUAUUUAUUUAGUAGCUAAUAGUUAAAAUAUUUUAUGAGGUUUAUUUAGAAAUUGACUUAAACACCCUGAGAACUAGUGACAACAUGCUCUGGUUGUUCCUAUCUAAAGUUUUAACUAGUGUUCUAUUGUUUCAUUUCAAACCAAACAAACUUACAUUUCUUAAAAAUUGCUUUUAGUUCAUCAUAAAGACAUGUUUUAACAUUUUCAACCAUCUUACCUGAGGCGCUUGCUCACUCCUUUACAUCAGGUGGCGCUGUAAACAACGUGAUCAUAUGAACAUCGACACGUCACGUGUCCACGUGGGAGAAACCCGGGUAUUUUAGAGCUCCUUGCUUCAACCCUGCUUCAUCCACGCAACUAAUAAUCACUAAAUGGAGUUUUUAGAGGAGAAUGUGAGAAUCCCGUUCGAGCAGAAGGAGCUGGACGGUGUGUUGACGGUCCCUGCUGACGUCAGCGCGGGACAGUGCACAGCUGUGGUGUUGACUCACGGCGCGGGGGGAGACAUGCGCACCAAACAGCUGGAGAGCCUCGCGCACGCUCUCGCCCGCGCAGGCAUUCUGUGUCUGCGAUUCACCUGCAGGCCGCCGAACCUUCAAUACAGAAUCAGAGCGUAUAGCGCUGUUGUAGAGUACUUAAAGACCCAUGAGAGAUAUGCACCAAACAGCCUUUUCUUGGGAGGACGCUCUAUGGGUGCUCGUACAGCUGUUGCUGUGUGUAAACAUGUGUGUGACAGAGAGAAGGAUGCAGUCCAAGGUGUUCUGUGUUUGUCAUUCCCACUGCAUGUACCAGGAAAACCACAAACAUAUGUUGAGCGGAGCCAUGGCCUGCGUGCACUGUCCCAAACUUCUGUGCUGUUUGUUUCUGGCACUGCAGAUAACAUGUGUCAACAGGUGAACACAUAUGAGACUUUAGCAAUCGGUUUGGGCUUUAAACUGGAAUCUUCUACAAAAUGUUAUGCAUGUCAUGAAAAACCCUUCUGCUGUUCACUGGGUAAAGGAUGCAAACCAUGGACUCACAGUAUGUGGCAGAACAGAAGAAUCAGUACAGGAGGAAGUCAAUUCACAGAUUAUUGCAUGGGUACUACAACACAAAUGAAAUGCAUCUUUAUAAAUAGAUAAAUGUAGUUAUUACUGUUUGGAUGAAAGAAGAUGGCGAUCUGUUGACCCCUUACCCUCUGUUUAUAGUUACCGUAUAUUAACUGUGUUCUCUCUCUCUCUCUCUCUCUCUCUCUCUCUCUCUCUCUCUCUCUCUAUAUAUAUAUAUAUAUAUAUAUAUAUGAACAAGUUACUAGUAUUAUUAUUAUUAAAAUUGUAUUUGAAUUGAGUAUUGUUUGGGAUAUUUAUUAAUAAACUAGUAUAAUCAUAUCAUUAUUCAUAUUGAGAGAACAUUUGCUUGCAAAAUAAAUAACUCAUUUGUUUGUAAGCUACACAAUUGUUACACAGUGGUUCUAAAAAGUAUGCACUCCUGGUAAAAUUGCAGCUUUUUGAGAUGUGGAAAAUGAAUCCAGGUGAAAUAAUAUCUAAUCUUUUUCCACCUGCUGUAUUAAAAGCAAAAGAUGUUUGACAUGACAUGAUUAUAUGUGGUUUAUUUUUCAUCUAAAAACUUGGUUUAAAUGUGUAGAUUUGUAUAACCACGUUUUAAUAGUUGAAACUUAGGGGGGGGGGAAAAUUUAACUGCUUCAAUAAGUAUUUUUGUUAUAUGAAACUAUAAUGAUGUAAUUUGUUUAGAACAAAUCUUUUAAUUGACUACUUAUUUUUCCUAACUGAAAAAUUACCAAUAGUAAA